AGAGCCCCGCUCACUACGCGUUUGACAUCAAUAAAUGCAGCAGUGAGUUUGGAGGGCGCGGACUACUCCAGGUUUCAGCCCGUUUCCCAGUCGGACUAACACGUUUUUCUUAUUAAACCGUGACUUUUUAUCAUUUCAAAGACUCGGAAAUGAGCAUCGCUGCGUUAUUAAGGGCGGCAGAGUACUUGGAACGGCGAGAGAGAGAGGCCGAACACGGUUACGCCUCGACACUUCCACCCGACGAUCUAAGAAACGUGAUUAAAAGGCCAAAGACAAAAAAAUCCCAGGGAAGCAGGACGACCCACAACGAGCUCGAAAAAAAUAGGCGAGCACACCUUCGAAAUUGCUUGGAAAAACUAAAGGAAUUGGUACCACUUGGGGGUGAUUCUGCGAGGCACACAACCCUGGGCCUCCUUACGAAGGCAAAAAGGUUCAUUAAGAACCUCGAACAACAAGAAAAGCGAUCCGCCAUACAAAAAGAUCAUCUGCAGCGUGAGCAGAGGUUCUUGAGGCGGAAGCUUGACUCUCUGAGUGGUGGAAUCAACAAACGGAGAUCGAUCUCCGAAUGUUCGGUGUCUACUGUCUCUAGUACACACUCGACCCAGAGUAAUGUGUCUUCCCUGCAUCUCUCAUCCCCGUCCUCCAUCUCUGAAUCUGAUGAGGUGGAUGUGAUAGGUUACACAAGUAACCAGAGUGACAGCGACGAUCACUCAUCAGUCCAAUCGAUGUCAAGUGACAGUGGUGUGGCGAUGUCAACAUCUCGCCUUUCCCUUGUCGACAUGCGCCAUUCCCUCUAGGUACUUCCCUAGUCCUUAGUUGCAGCAAUAAACAUUGCAGUUUCGUGAUAAGAAACACUACAUGAAAAAUUGAAUCUACAGACCACUACUUCAAAAUAAAAACACUCCUGUGACCAGGCUCUGAAAUGGCAACCAAAAAAUUAAAAAAAUUUAUAUAUAUAUAAUAAUAUAAAAAAAGAAGAAAAAUACAUAAGAAAAUCGAGGACAUUGAACCUCCUCACCGUUUUGGCCUACACAUAGUGAUGGGCAGCGGUCUUUGGCAUGAUAGAUGUUUCUGUUUCAGUUAUGGGUUGUUUAUACGCAUUGUUGUAUCAUACAUAUCUGUUAGUUCAUGUUAUAUGUAAUAGUAUAGGGAAGAAUCAGAGUCUGGGCCUUUCUAUAUUCAAUAUGAACUCUGUGUACUAAUUUAUUUAAUAAUGUUGAAUAGUUCUAUUUCUACAUUCCAAUUCAGAUAGAACAGAAUCUUUCUUAAUUGUUUCAACCUGUACUUUAGGCCUAGACUUUUCAUUUUCAAAAUUCUUUGUAAUGGGGAAAAAUCAAAACAAUUUCUAAAGUUGUAGCCAUAGUGCAUUUUUUCGCUCAAUUUUUUUCCCGUUUUAACUAUCAUGAAAUGAAAAUUGUUUAUUGAAUUCCUGCCCCCUUAAUAUUAUAAUCAUGGUGGUUGUGUGUUAUGUAUGUGUAUGUAGUUUAGAGUGAACUAUAUACACAUACAUAUAUACAUCUACAUAUUCACUCUGUUUUAUCUGUGUAAAUAGUUAUGUUGUACCUGGAUAAAAUAAUGUUUAUAAUACAAAGAAAAAAUAACUAUUUCAAAUUGGAUAUAAUAGUAUAUUUUCACAAAAGUGAAGCAAUGGACGAAUAGUUGUCUGUCUGUUUACGUGUGUGUUAGCCUGUCUUAUGUGCUUGUU